AUGGCGAAGUUGAGGAGCCUUAUUCAGCCUCUGAAGGAUGAGAAUAAAGUCCUGAAGGAGGAUAACGGGGUUCUGACCGCCGCCCUUGGUGAAGCGAAGAUGCAGGGGGCCGAGCUCCAGACGGCGAGGGGGGGCCUCACCAGGGCCCAGAAGUCCUUGGAGAUCGCCCUUCGCUCUAACGAAGACCCCCUCCUUCAUUCCGCUUCGCAAUGGCGAACCCCAACCCCCUUCUUCCUCCGCCACAUCGCCCAAACCCUCCCCUCCUUCUCUCCCUCCGACUCCCUCGCCUUCCUCCACCUCUUUCGUUCAUACUCGGCGCAAUACAACUCGCGGAAGGCGAAGGAAUCGAACCCGGCGUGCAAAGUGGAGGUGAAGCGCGGAAGGGAAGAGCGUCCGCCGCAGAUAACGGUGACCUUUGAGCAAGUCUUCGACGCCACCUCCACGCCCGCUCAGAGCAUAAGAAGCCUCAUUCUGAAAAAGGGUCAAUACUUCGAGACCGAGCAGAUGUUCCGCGAAGCAGGCGAAUCCUGGCCCGUUAUCAUCCCCAACCAAGAGCUUUCCCAGACCGCACCCCCCACCAAAGUGUUGUUCUCCGGCGAGUUGGAGGUUGCCGCUGACGAAGACGAGCAUGCAGGCGUUGACGCCGGAGGGCUGGCAGUCGACGGUGGAGAUGGAGUGGUGGCACUGCUGGAAAGGGAGGGAAGUGAGUUUGGUGACGAUGUAGGGGGCGCCUUGGAUCUUCUGGCCCUCGAAGGUGAGCAUGGAACCAUCCUGAUAGAGACCCACCAAGCCUGCUCUGUUGGUGUCGAAGGUGCUGUAGUAGUGCUCUACAAGGCUUGGAAGCAGGGAUUGGAAACGGGGGUUAACGGGGGUUUAUAA